AUGACGACCAACCAGAAUGCCGCCAUCUUCAGUAGCGACCUGCAGACCUUUAUCGUCACCAAGUACGACCCGCUGCUCACCAUCGUGAAGGAACUAAAUGAUAAACUGCAGAACUCGGAGAAAGACAAGUACCGCCUGGAGAAGAGGCUGAUGAAGUUGGAGAGACAGGUGGUGGUGCUGCUGGACAAGCUGGAAGUAACGGACAUAAUUAUCGACCGGGAGGGAAAAGAAAGCAAAGUCGAUAGGAAAAUAAAUCAGCAAAUUGAAAACGAAGAAAAUUUGCUAACUCCAUGGUUAUUCUCCUGUCAGAUGGGGACGCCACUCUCCUCCCUACAAGUGCUCCUGGAAUUCAGCAACAAAAACACUAUCGAGUUAAAUGUGAGGUUAUGGAAGAGAGAGGAAGAUAUGUGGAUCAAUUUUUUGCAACUUAUUUCUUCAAACGAUAAAAAUUACCUGCCUCAGUCACUAACCCUAAUGGACUUAAGGAAGGCCACAAGGAAAUGCCUCUUAACCAUCUGCACCAAUGAGGUGUUAGUGGUUUUAAGAAACGUUCCAGGAAAAUCUCAAGCCAUUUACAACACGGCCACGAUGACUCUAGUUGCUAUUUUGGCGUCCGCUAUUUAUGAGGCUUGGAAGAGGAUUGAGCUUACCGACCCGGUGUCCCUUGGCCGGGUGGUCCUCGUGCUGGAUGGUGAGAGUCCAUCUUUCAUGGGGAGGGGGGGGGAGAAGCGAACAGAAGGCGAACGCCGAAUGGCUGUGCUCCCCAUCAUCCCAAUGCAUACCUUCCCCAUUUGUCCUCUACACCUCCCCUUCGCAGGAGAAGAUGUCGGAUCGAGACUACGAGCUGGAAACAAGAAACUCAAAAUAGAGCCCCUGAAUUAG